CGAAUCCUCGGUCUGCCGUGUCGCUUCGCUUCUCCGGGCCUCGGUCUCUCUCAUCCGCCCGUUCUUUAACUUCCGAGCUUCGGAGUCGCCCCUGGGUGGACCUGGAAACGCUCAUAUUUCCCGGGCCACCUUCGGUGAAACUCUUCUCUUUUCAAGGCGACUGUGAUGCUGUCAAAUGUUGAAGGAGGAACAUGGGAUUCUGAACGGGGGACCUGGCCGUUCUCGGUGUGCUUCAGGAUGAAACGCCAGAGGCAUCUAAGCAGUAGCGGCAGUUCAGACAAUGAGAGUCCUUCUACUUCUUUUUCCUCCUGCUUGAAAUACAGGAGCAAGUCCAAAACGGCAGGCAGCGAACCGAAGAAACCCGCCGAGGUGUUCCGGAAGGAUCUCAUCAGCGCCAUGAAGCUGCCCGACUCGCACCACGUCAAUCCCGAGGAAUAUUACCUCUUUGCGGAUACCUGGAAGGAAGAAUGGGAAAAGGGAGUUCAGGUUCCUUCCUGCCCAGCCUCCAUCCCGCAGCCUUCUCUCAGGGUGGUAGCCGAAAAGGUGAAGGAAGUACUGUACAUUCGCCCCCGGAAGUACAUUCACUGCUCCAGCCAGGAGCCCACGGAGCCCGGCUACAUCAACAUCCUGGAACUGGCCAAGUCCGUCUGCCGCUACGACCUCGACGACAUGGACAUCUUCUGGCUCCAGGAGCUCAACGAGGAACUCGGCGAGAUGGGAUGCGGGCCGGUGGACGAGAACGCCAUGGAGAAGACGGUGGAAGUGCUGGAGCGGCAGUGCCACGAGAACACGAACCACGCCAUCGAGACGGAAGAAGGGCUGGGCAUAGAGUACGACGAGGACGUCAUCUGCGACGUCUGCCGCUCUCCCGACAGCGAGGACGGCAACGACAUGGUGUUCUGCGACAAGUGUAACAUCUGCGUCCACCAGGCGUGUUACGGCAUCCUCAAGGUCCCCGAAGGCAGCUGGCUGUGUCGCACCUGCGUCCUGGGCGUUCAUCCUCAGUGUCUCCUGUGCCCGAAGAGGGGCGGGGCCAUGAAGGCCACCAGGACGGGCACCAAGUGGGCGCACGUCAGCUGCGCCCUCUGGAUCCCCGAGGUGAGCAUCGCGUGCCCGGAAAGGAUGGAGCCCAUCACCAAAAUCUCUCACAUCCCGCCAAGCCGCUGGGCGUUGGUCUGCAGUCUGUGCAAGCUGAAGACCGGUGCUUGCAUUCAGUGCUCCGUGAAGAGCUGCAUCACGGCCUUCCACGUGACGUGCGCCUUCGAGCACAGCCUCGAGAUGAAGACCAUCCUGGACGAGGGCGACGAGGUGAAAUUCAAGUCCUACUGCCUGAAGCACAGCAAGAGCAAGCCGGGCGGGCCGGACGAGGCCGCGGAGACCCCCAGGAACGCCCCCGACCCGAAACAGGCGGAGAGCAAGAAGACCAGCCUCAGGACCCAGAAGCUCAGGGAGCUGGAGGAGGAAUUCUACUCGCUGGUCAAGGUGGAGCACGCGGCCGCCGAGCUCCGGCUCCCCAAGCUGGCCGUGGACUUCAUCUACAACUACUGGAAGCUCAAGCGGAAGAGCAACUCCAACAAGCCGCUCUUCCCUCCCAAGGAGGAGGAGGAGAACGGCUUCGUCCAGCCGAAAGAAGACAGCACGCAUAUCCGGCUCAGGAUGUUCAUGCACCUCAGGCAGGACCUGGAGAGGGUCAGAAACCUCUGCUACAUGGUGAGCAGGAGAGAGAAGCUGAAGCUGUCGCACAGUAAAGUCCACGAACAGAUCUUCAACCUGCAAGUCCAGCUCAUCAAUCAGGAAAUGGAAGCAGGACACUCUCUGCCCAGCGGCCCGGAGAGCAGUCUGUUCUACCCUCCUCCCAGGAUCACUCUGAAGCUCAAGAUGCCCAGACCGGGCCCGGGGGAGAGCCGGACGAACGCCGCCAGGCCCGGCAACGGCCUGCCCCCUCCGGACCACGGGGCCGGCCCCGUUCCCGGCAGGCGGGGGACGCCCCCGCCGUCCAAAGAGCCCCCCGAGGGCCGGGCGGCGUCCUGGCCCCGGCCCGUCCCCGACGGCCGGCUCAACGGGCUGGCGGGCCAGACGGCGGUCCGCAACGGCAAGCUGCCCCCGAGCCCCCGGCCCCCCCGGCCCAACGGGCUGACGGCGCCCGGCGGCCGGAGGGACGACGCCGGCCAGACGGGCCACGAGGCCGAGCCCCCCGGCCCGGCCCGCCGGCCCGCCGGCCCGCCCGCCUUCCGCCGGUCGGCCCUGGACCCCUUCGGCCGCUCCUUCAAGGAGGCGUCCAACAGCCUGGCGAGGAGCGCCGAGGAUCUGCGGGCCUGCGAGAAGCCCCCCAGGAGGCUGAGCUCCAGGGAGCGGCCGUGGAGCCGGGACUCCCCGGACCCGAGCGGCCGGGGGGGCCCGGACCGCGAGAACGACGGCUACUGCCCCGACUCGGAGCUGAGCGACUCCGAGGCCGAGGGCGAGCGGGACGGGGGGUGCGGGCGGCUCAGGAGGGGCGGCCCCCCCAGGGAGCCGGGGAGGGAGGGGGGCCGCGGGGGCCAGGCGCGGGCGGUGCCCCCCGGGGCCGUGCAGAGGUGA